AUGGAGGCCUCAGAUGGGCAAGGGGCUGAAGGGGACAAGCCACCAAAGAAGGUGACAGAUGUAUCCUGCUUAGAGAAGAGCUCUGGCACCACCUCCACUGGGGACUCACUUAUACGCCAUGCCAAGGGCCUGGGCCAGGACACCUUCAAAAUAUGUAAAGAAUAUCUAAGGCCACUGAAGAAGUUUCUGCGAAAGUUGCACCUGCCCAGGGACCUUCCCCAGAAGAAGAAGCUAAAGUACAUGAAGCAGAGCCUGCUGGUCCUAGGGGACCACAUCAAUACCUUUCUGCAGCACUACUGCCGAACAUGGGAGAUCAAGCACUGGAGGAAGAUGCUCUGGAGAUUUGUUUCUCUAUUCUCAGAAUUGGAAGCGAAACAACUUCGCAGGCUCUACAAGUACACCAAGAGCAACCAGACAGCCAAGUUCCUGGUGGCGUUCUGCCCCUUGGACACGCCGGAGAGCUCCUUGCUGGCCGACCAGGAAGACAGUCUGCCCAAACUCUGCAGUGCCUGGGGCCUGCACAGCAACAUCAGCGGCAUGAAGGAGAGGCUGUCCAAGAUGCAGGCCCCCGACCCAGAUGCCUCCCUGCUGGGGGAGCCCACAUCCGGGUCCCAGGGUGGGCCAGGUUCUCUAAGGAAACUUCCCCAAAAAACGAAACUCAGAAGGAAGAGGAUUAAGGAAGCCCCCAAGACUCCAGAGACCUGCGCGUGAGAACUGCCAGCCAGGCCGGGGUGCAGGGCCAGCUUGUCCUGGCUCCCAGAGCACUUUUUCUCGUCUUCAACACCUCUGCACCCUGGGGGCUGGGGGCCAAGGAGGGGAAAGACGAAAACUGUCUGUCAAAAAGAUGUUCAGAUCUUAGUUAUGUCUAAAUGGGGUGGGGAAAUAAACAUCCUUAAGACAGUU